UUGAACUACUUCCUGUUUCCGGUCGUCCACACAUACACGUGAAGGUCAGCAACAGAGCCAUUAGGGAUCUAUAAUUGCUCUAACUACCGCUUUUUAGCAAAACAUGAACGGCCAGGGAGCGACAACCGACCCUCAGCUUCAGCACUUCAUCGAAAUCGAGUCUCAAAAACAAAGAUUUCAGCAGCUGGUGCAUCAAAUGACUGAGGUUUGCUGGGAGAAAUGUUUGGAUAAACCCGGACCGAAGCUGGACUCCAGGACCGAAGUGUGCUUCGUGAACUGCGUGGAGCGAUUUAUCGACACCAGCCAGUUCAUCCUAAACCGACUGGAACAGACUCAGACUCAGAGGGGCAAGGGCUCGUUCUCCGAGACCAUGUCGGAAUAAAAACUGUCCCCGAAAGGACUGACGAGACACAUGCACACGGCCCCACGACUGGGCCGUUUGGUCCCGACCCGGCUGUCCGUUCAUCUUGGAAAAAGGAACAGCAUCAAGUGUUACUU